UUCUCACCUCCCUUGUCCCAUUCCUAUCCCCAUCCCCACCUUCGGAGGCUUGGGAUAUUCGGUAUUUAGUAGCCCAUCAAUCCAUCAUCACCCAAAACCAGCCUCGCUUCUUAUUUUCUUUUAUUUUAAAUAACUUAAACCUACUUCCCCACCGCUUCAUUUAUUGCCCCUUCUUUGUCAUAGUGUGGGCCUCUUCCCCAUGUGCUCCUCUCAACUGAUGAUGAGAAUAGAUAGAAAGAGAGUGAAAUAGACAUAGGGAAGACAUAGAACUAUAGAAGAGUACGCUUAUUAUGUGCGUCUUGUAAGCUCCAACCACUCACACUCUCCACUCCCACCAAAACUCUUAUUUCUCUCCUCUCUCUCAUUCCCAUUGUUUUUAUUCCUCUCAUGUACUUCUCUUCUUUCUCUUAUGCCUCUCUUUUGUUCUAUUUUAUUCCAUCGCCGUUAUUCCUGGAAUAAAUAUGGAUGUAUCUACAGAGACUCCGAAGAGAAGAAGCUCCGACUCGUCCUCGCCGGAGUUCGAGUUCUGGGUGGUCGGUAAUCCUUCUUAUCCCCAGCAGGAAUUACUCACCGCCGACGAGCUCUUCGUCGAUGGCGUCCUCCUCCCCCUCCACCUUCUCUCCGUCGUCCACUCCGAACCUGAGCCCCGGCCCGAACCGGACCCGGAGCCCGAGCCUGUGUCGAUCUCGUCGUCGCCGUCGUCCGGGUCGAAGCGGUGGAAGGAUAUAUUCAAAGUCAGGGAGAAGAAGGGGGAGGAGAAGGAGGCGCAGCGGCGGGAGUGGAGGGGCAGCGGCGCCGCGGAGCUUAACAUCAACAUCUGGCCCUUCUCCCGGAGCCGCUCCGCUGCCAAUGGCGCAGCCGCCAGCCGGCCCAGGGCAUCCGCCGUGGCCGGCCGGAAGGUCAGCAGCGCCCCCUGCUCCCGGAGCAACUCCCGCGGCGAGUCCUCCAAACCCUCCGCAGCCGCCGCCGCCGGCGGACCGACGAGGAGGUGGGCAGCGCGCCCUGGGCGGGCCGGGCUCAGCGGGGCGGUCCACCUGGGCCGGACCAACCCGGUCCGGUAGAUCCGUAGGGGCGAGAAGCGAAUCGAGCCGGCGGCCGGCCGGGGCCCGGAGAGGGCGAACCAGGGGGAUAAGGUCACCGAGGGUAAGAAAGGGAGUGGGAUUGGAGGUGGAGUUAGGGCGCUCAAUUUGAAUGUGAACGCCUGCAUUGGGCAUCGGAACCAGGUGAGCUGUAGAGGUGACGAUAGCGACGGGGUGACCGGCGGUGGCCAGACCGCCGGUGAGGGUGGUGGAAGCAAUGGGAGCUUCUUUAGUUUGAGAUCCUUCUUCUCCAAUGCUUACUUGUAAUUAAGCACUCCUAAAGUGAUCUACUUUUAUAUAUUCUAAACUUUAUUUAGCAUUACUUGUUUGAUGAGUGUUUCUAGAAUGUGUUAUAUUGCUUAGAGAUUAUAUGAAAAUGACCACAAAUAAUUGGAAAAA